AUGGCGCUCAUAGAGCCAGAGAAUUUCCUGUCUUACGAGGCGGGCCCCGAGGUUGAAGAGUUCGCCAACGCGCUUGACGACUGCCUCUCUCCUCAACUUUCCAUCGAAGAGCGACAGGAACGAAUUCUCGACCUCCCACGAAAGUACUACGAGAAUGCUCUUCGACGUCUAGCCCAGGUGCGACCGCGCAUGAUGCGUGACGGACAAGAUGAUGUAGACAUGGAUACGGAUGAGGUCGAUCCUGCUAAUAGCAACCCUGCAUCAGCAGAGCUCAUCAAACGCCUCGAAAAGGAAGCACAAACAUGGGAUUUACUACGCCGACUUCUUCCAUUGAGGUAUUCGAGCUCCGAAGCCUCCCAAGAAGCUUUGGGCACGAAACACAGCUCUCAGGACUCAGAAGACCUGCUUGGAAACUUUCUUGCGAGCGACCCAUCGGCGCGCGAACGACAAGCCGUUAUACAAUGGCUUCAGAACAAUGCUGCUUCUGGCCCGGAUAUUGACGAACUUGCGCGCGAGCUCCAACAGAAUGCCGAUCGGGGCGACAUCAUCGCCCAUGGUUGGCUUCACACCCGCUCACAAAUCAAGCUUCGCAAGAGCGUUACGGCUUGGCCACAUCUUCUCGAUCGUCAAGCACCAGGUGUUGCAACCUCGUUCACCAACUCUGAUGGCUCACCUCUGGUGACACAGUUAGACCCGGAUGCCGUGACUCGCCAAGGACGAAAGCUUGAGCCCCAGGACGAGUAUUUCGAGAGGGCUAUCUGGCUAGGCUGCUUCGAGCACCUCCGCCGAGGGUCUAGCCUGGAGACUAUUCGCGAAUGGUGCCAGGAGCGAACAGAGAUGUGGCGAGCUAUUUCCACAUCUGCCGUACUUAUCUCGACCGACGACACCCAAGCGUUUUCUAACACCAACCCGGCAUCGCUUGCUCUAUGGAGGCGAAUGUGCUUCAGUUUGUCUCGAUCCGGUGGCUGCGAUGAUUAUGAACGUGCAGUGUAUGGCGUUCUCUCCGGAGACAUUUCAACUGUCGAGAAAAUUGCACUAACAUGGGACGAUUUUCUCUUUGCCAAUUACAAUGCUCUAGUGCGCACGCAACUGGAUAAUUACAUCCUCGGACAAUGCCCACCCGAUGUGGCUUCCAACCUAACACAAUCCUUUCCCUCCUUCGACGCUGUCCAGUUCCACGGUGAUCCAGAGACGGUUGACAAGCGUCUCAUUCGGGCCUUGGAGUCUAAUCCCCAAAUUCGGGCUGAAGCCAACGAGCCUAACAAGGCUUUGCAGGCGUCACUGGUUUCCAAAGACAUUGGAAGGCAUCUUUAUGAGCAGGGCGUAAUCAUAUCCUCGAACGCGAAUCAGAGCGAAUCAAUGCUGUUUAGGUGGGAGCCCGAAAACGUUGAGCUGAACAAAGAGAGAUUUUUCCAGUCUACCCAACACUACGGAUUGCGAAUCGUUGCACACAUCUACCUUCUCAUCAACUUACUCGAUAAGCUCCACUCCAAUGAUGAUUCACUCGCCCCUGCCUCUUCCGAUUCGGGGGUAAGGCGUGCUCAGCAGAACCUUCUCGCUGGCUAUGCCAAUUACCUGCGUCUUGCCCAACUCCAGGAGUUAAUACCGCUUUACUGCUCAGUCCUAGAGCCUCCUCGGUCAUAUGAGGUGCUGAGCUACAACCUUAUCCCGGAGAGUGAUAAUCAGCAACGUUUGUUGCAGCUCAAACUUAUCAAGAAGGCUGGCAUUGAUGUGCUUCAAUUCGUCAAAACCCAAGCGUGGUUGAUGUAUGAUGACUUGGGCCCAGCGCAGCAAGGAUGCCCGGCCAAGGGAUCUUUCAGCAUCAUUGCUGCUGGUCCACCUACAGCACGACUGGGUCGACCUGUACGAGCAGACUUCUUCGGUGAUGAUGAGAGGUUUAUCGACACAGCGCACGAAAACCUUAUCCGAUCAUUAGAAUGGCUCCUACUUGUGCAAGAAACAUGGCCAAGUGUCUUCACGAUGGGAACUAAAAUCUACAAGUUCUUUUUGCAAAACAUGCACCUCAACGCUGCUCGCCAGUUGAUGAAACGUGUGCCUUUUGCGGAUGUUUUGCAGGCAGCCACAGAAGAUAGUGGUGAUGAGACGGAUAUGUACGAAGACGCUCCUGAAUUCUGGGCGAAGCAGCUUGAACGGAGAGGAAUUCGUGACGUGACAGCACAGCAAGCACUCUCAGAUGCCCGCAAAUUCCGUGAACUCGAGUAUUUAGUACGAGCCCUCGAUAGCCUCGAGACAGUUGCAUCGUUGGCUGAGCUUACAAAUGAGGAGCAAAAGAAGAAGGCUGGGUUCUGGCCUGCUAUAGGGGAGGAGGUCAAGAACACCAAGGAGAACAUGCAACCUUUGCUUAAGAACUGGCUCUUGGUGGGCAUUGAGGCAGAAGGUGAUCAAGAAUUACAAGACCUUCGUCAGGCUUAUCUCCCCGAGACAGUCCUGGCAUAUAUCGGUACGCUGCACUUCGCAGGCACCGGCUUGUCCCGGGACAACCUUUUGGAAUGCAUGGAGCUCGCCUCUAUCAUUGCAGAGCGUGACUCCGAUCUUUCGACAGCGUUUGUGGAAGCUGGGCGAAUGAAGGAGCUAGUAGAGGUAUUCGCGGCGUGCAGUAAGGCGUUGGCUAUCAGCACUACUGGUGAGAGAAGAACGACUGGCAGCAGCAGCAAGAAGGUACGGGAGUUGGGUUGGUCUCGAGACCUAUGGUCUGUCAAGCCAUAA